AUGCUCAAGCCCUCCUCGGCUCUGAUGGGCGCCGGUCUCGGUUCCUCGUGCGCCCUGAUUACUGACGGCCGUUUCUCCGGCGGUUCCCACGGUUUCCUGAUCGGCCACAUUGUCCCCGAGGCCGCCGUUGGUGGACCUAUCGGUCUCGUCCAGGACGGCGACGUCAUCACUAUUGAUGCCGACAAGCGCAUCCUCGACCUCGAGGUCCCUGAGUCCGACAUUGUCGAGCGCCGCAAGGACUGGGAGGCCCGUAAGGCCGCUGGCCAGCUGCCCGAGACUGGUCUGACCAUGCGUGGCACUCUGGGCAAGUAUGCCCGGUAA